GCGCACACAGCUCCGAUGGCUCCCCACCCCAGCAGCCGCCUCCGCCUGCUGCUGCUGCUUUGCUGUCUCGGGGCCGCCCGGGCUCAACUGCUGAGCCUCCUCUGGCCGUGGUCCACUGGGACCAAAGGGCCCUCAGCCCCGCCGGUCUCCGUGCCCCGGGGCAGCCCAUCUGUGCAAUCCACAGAGGACACCACCACGCACGUGGCCCACCAGGAUGGCCCCACCGAGCAGGGGACAGCUCCCACCAGCCGUGAGCUGCCCCCGGAGAGGCUGGAGGCUGGCCUGGGCCGGGCCUCCGCUGCCCCCACGGCCUCCACCGAGAGCCCAGAGAACAUCGCCGGCGUCGGGGCCGAGAUCCUGAACGUGGCCAUGGGCAUCCGGAACUUUGUCCGGCUGUGGGACAACACCACCCCCGCCGAGAGCUCCACCAGGGCGGGGACGGCAACCCCUGCGACCCCCACGGACCUCCUCACCCUCCCUGGGCCUUCCAGCGCCUCUCAGGAGAACGGGACCGUGCUCUGGCCAAGUAGCGGGGCCCCAAGCUCUCCUGUCACCCAGAGGACCGAGGCCGGCACCUCGCCAGUGCCCACCCAGCCGCCUCCCUCCCCUGGCACGCCCCAGGCACUGCUCAGGGAGCCCUCGCUGCCGCCACCGUCCCCAGGUAGAGCUCUCUCCUCCACGCUGGGCGGGGCCCCUCUCUGGGGAAGCCGGCCGUCCCCAGGGCAGCUGCAGGAUCUGGAUGGUGAAGAACUCUUGCCCGUGGCAGCCCGUCCCGGCCAGCAGCACCGACACGCUGACGUCGGCAGGCACUCGCUCCAUCUGCUCCCCCUGGUGACGGGUUCGCUGGGCACUGCCCUCUCGGCUCUCUCCUCUGACUCUCCCACUGAGCUGUCUCAAAUCGCACUCUCAGCUUUAAUUGGGGACAGUGGUGCUUGGAUUCCCCACGUGGCUAAUUCUGUGGGACCUGGUCUUGCUAAUAACUCCUCGCUGCUCGGGGCUGACCCACUGACCCCUGCCGGGCAGCCUGUCCACAAUGCCGCUGGCCGCUGCCUGCCCCUGCCGCCCUCCCUGCCCGUCUGCGGCCGCCUGGGCAUCGGGCGCUCCUGGCUGCCCAACCACCUCCACCAUGUGCGCAGCGAGGAGGUGCAGGCCGCCGCGCGUGCCUGGGGGGGCCUCCUGCGGACCCACUGCCACCGCUUCCUCGCCUGGUUCUUCUGCCUGCUGCUGGCCCCCCCCUGCGGCCCGCCCCCCGCCCCACCGCCCUGCCGCCAGUUCUGUGAGGUCCUGGAGGACGCGUGCUGGAGCCACCUGGACGGGGGCGGGCUGCCGGUCAGCUGUGCCUCGCUCCCUGCCCAGGAGGAUGGGUACUGUGUGUUCAUUGGGCCGGCUGCAGACAGCGCACGCACGGAGGUGGGGCUCCUGCAGCUGCUCGGCGACCCCCCGCCCCCGCAGGUCUCCCGGGUGGACGACCCCGACGUCGGGCCGGCCUACGUCUUCGGCCCGGAUGCCAGCGGCGGCCAGGCAGCGCGGGACCUCUUCCCGAGCCGGUUCUUCCGUGACUUCUCGCUGCUGCUCCACGUGCGCCCGGACACGGCGGGCGCGGGCGUGCUCUUCGCCGUCACGGACGCGGCGCAGGCCGUGGUCUCGCUGGGCGUGAAGCUGGCGGCCGUGCGUGACGGCCACCAGGACGUGCAGCUGCUCCACGCGGAGCCGGGCGCGGCCCGCACACGCGUGGCCGCCGCCUUCCGCCUGCCCGCCUUCGCCGGCCAGUGGGCGCGCCUGGCGCUCAGCGUGGACGGUGCGGCCGCCGCGCUCUUCGUGGACUGCGAGGAGGUGCAGCGCGUGCCCCUGGCGCGGGCCGCGCGCGGCGUGGAGCUGGAGCCCGGCGCCCGCGUCUUCGUGGCUCAGGCCGGACGAGCGGACCCCGACAAGUUCCAGGGGAUGAUCGCGGAGCUGAGAGUGCGCGCGGACCCCCAUGUGAGCCCCGUGCACUGUCUGGAGGACGACGAUGACGAUGACGAUGGGGCAUCCGGAGACUUCGGCAGCGGGCUCGAGGAGCCCCGGGAGCGUCUCGGGGAGGAACCGGGCACGUCCCUGACACUUGGCCUCCCCGACGCUCCCCCAGUCACCUCACCACCCUUGGCUGGAAGCAGCGACGUGGAAGAUUCCAGAACUGAAGAAAUUGAGGAAGAAACUACUGUGUCUUCAUUAGGAGCUCACACCCUCCCCGGCUCAGAUCCAGCCGCCGCCACGUGGGACGGCAGUGCCUGGAGCCCUGGGGGCAGCCUGCGAGAGGGAGGCCUCAAGGGGCAGAAGGGGGAGCCUGGCCUACCUGGUCCAGUUGGUCCCCAGGGUCCUGCAGGCCCGGCCAUGCACAGCCCCGAUGCACAGCCUAUCCCUGGGCCACAGGGACCCCCCGGGCCCCCAGGGCCCCCAGGGAAGGAUGGUGCCCCCGGAAGGGACGGUGAACCGGGGGAUCCCGGUGAAGAUGGCAGACCUGGCGACACUGGGCCGCAGGGCUUCCCGGGGACCCCAGGAGACCUGGGCCCCAAGGGUGAGAAGGGGGAUCCUGGUGUUGGGCCAAGAGGACCCCCAGGACCCCAAGGGCCUCCAGGACCACCAGGACCCUCAUUCAGACCUGACAAGCUGACCUUCAUUGACAUGGAGGGGUCUGGCUUCGGCGGCGACCUGGAGACCCUCCGGGGCCCACGAGGCUUCCCCGGCCCCCCCGGGCCUCCUGGCGUCCCAGGCCUGCCUGGAGAGCCAGGCCGCUUCGGUAUGAACAGCUCAGACGUCCCAGGACCUGCAGGCCUCCCCGGCGUGCCUGGGCGCGAGGGGCCCCCCGGGCUCCCCGGACCCCCGGGACCCCCAGGGCCUCCAGGAAGAGACGGGCGGCCAGGAGGGACCGGCCAGAAAGGCAGCCUCGGUGAAGCCGGCCCCCCAGGACCUAAGGGAAACAAGGGAGACCCCGGCCCCAUUGGCGCUCCUGGCGAGAACGGCUUGGCAGGACCCCCCGGACCAGCUGGGCCGCCGGGGCCUCCAGGGCCCCCCGGGCUCCCGGGGCCCCCGGGACCAGGACUCGCCGCAGGGUUUGAUGACAUGGAAGGCUCCGGGGGACCCUUCUGGUCGACAGCGCGAGGUGCUGACGGGCCACAGGGACCGCCCGGCCUGCCUGGAGUCAAGGGGGAUCCUGGACCAGCUGGGCCACCGGGCACUAAGGGAGAAGUCGGAGCAGAUGGAGGUCCCGGGUUCCCCGGCCUCCCCGGCAGAGAGGGCGCGGCUGGAGCCCAGGGGCCAAAAGGAGAAAAAGGGACCCAGGGAGAGAAAGGCGACCCAGGGAAGGACGGAGUGGGGCAGCCAGGCCUCCCUGGACCCCCUGGACCCCCAGGGCCUGUCGUCUACGUGUCGGAGCAGGACAGAGCAGUGGCCAGCGUGCCAGGACCCGAGGGCCGCCCCGGGCUCGCUGGCUUUCCCGGACCAGCCGGGCCGAAGGGAGACCUGGGCUCCAAAGGCCAGCAGGGCCUCCCAGGACCCAAGGGCGAGAAGGGUGAGCCGGGUGCAGUCUUUGGCCCCGAUGGCGGAGUGCUGACCGCCUCCCAGAAAGGAGCCAAGGGUGAGCCCGGCUUCCGAGGACCCCCGGGGCCAUACGGACGGCCUGGGCACAAGGGAGAGAUUGGCUUCCCCGGACGGCCGGGUCGCCCCGGGAUGAACGGCUUGAAAGGGGAGAAAGGGGAGCCAGGAGACGCCAGCGUCAGGUUUGGUAUGAAGGGUCUGCCUGGCCCCCCGGGGCCCCCAGGGCCCCCAGGCCUUCCUGGGACUCCUGUCUACGACACGAACGCGUUUUUGGAGUCUGGCCGCCCUGGACCUCCAGGAUUGCCAGGGCACCAGGGACCUUCUGGACCGAAGGGUGACAAAGGAGAAGUGGGUCCCCCUGGACCACCCGGGCAGUUCCCGUUGGACCUCCUCCAGCUGGAGGCUGAAAUGAAGGGGGAGAAGGGUGACCGAGGGCCUGCCGGACAGAAAGGUGAAAGGGGCGAGCCCGGAGCUGGCGGAUUCUUCGGCUCCAGUGUGCCCGGCCCCCCCGGCCCACCGGGCUACCCUGGGAUUCCGGGUCCUAAGGGAGAGAGCAUCCGAGGACAGCCUGGCCCACCUGGACCUCAGGGACCCCCUGGCAUCGGCUAUGAAGGACGCCAGGGGCCUCCCGGACCCCCUGGUCCCCCAGGCCCCCCAGGGCCCCCUUCCUUUCCUGGCCCUUACAGGCAGACCAUCAGCGUUCCAGGCCCUCCAGGCCCGCCUGGGCCCCCAGGACCCCCCGGCACCAUGGGCACCUCCUCAGGGCAGGUGAGGAUCUGGGCCACGUACCAGACCAUGCUGGACAAGGUGCCCGAGGUGCCGGAGGGCUGGCUCAUCUUCGUAGCCGAGAGGGAGGAGCUGUACGUCCGCGUCCGGAACGGGUUCCGGAGGGUGCUGCUGGACGCCCGGAUGCCCCUCCCCCGCGGGACGGACAACGAAGUGGCCGCCUUACAGCCCCCCGUGGUGCAGCUCCACGAGGGCAACCCGUACCCCCGGCGGGAGGUUCCCCACUCCACGGCACGACCCUGGCGGGCGGACGACAUCCUGGCCAGCCCCCCACGUCUGCCGGACCCCCAGCCCUACCCUGGAGCCCCGCACCAUGGCUCCUAUGUGCACCUCCGGCCGGCGCGCCCCACCAGCUCACUCACCCACACCCACCAGGACUUUCAGCCGGUGCUCCACCUGAUCGCACUCAACAGCCCGCAGUCGGGCGGCCUGCGCGGCAUCCGCGGCGCGGACUUCCAGUGCUUCCAGCAGGCGCGCGCCGUGGGGCUGGCCGGCACCUUCCGCGCCUUCCUGUCCUCGCGGCUGCAGGACCUCUACAGCAUCGUGCGCCGUGCUGACCGUGCCAGUGUGCCCAUCGUCAACCUCAGGGACGAGGUGCUGUUCCCCAGCUGGGAGGCCUUGUUCACGGGCUCCGAGGGCCGGCUGAAGCCCGGGGCCCGCAUCUUCUCUUUCGAUGGCAGAGACGUCCUGCAGCACCCCGCCUGGCCCCAGAAGAGCGUGUGGCACGGCUCGGACCCCAGUGGGCGCCGGCUGACCGAGAGCUACUGCGAGACGUGGCGGACCGAGGCCACGGCAGCCACAGGCCAGGCAUCCUCGCUGCUGGCGGGCCGGCUGCUGGAGCAGAAAUCCGCCAGCUGCCACAACGCCUUCAUCGUCCUCUGCAUCGAGAACAGCUUCAUGACCUCCUCCUCCAAGUAGGGCCUCUGCUGGCCCGGACGGACAGAUGGGCGGACGGACAGAUGGCCGGAGAGGCGGCCAGGCAGCAGGGGGAGUGGUGGAGCCCCCAGUGCAGGGCAGGGAGUCUGCCAGUGCCCCCAGGGUGGGGACCUGGCUGGGACACUCUCCUGUAUGGUUCACAUUUCAUGUAAUCCUCGAGAAAUAAAAGGAAGCCAAAGAGUGUAUUUUUUAAAAAGUUUAAAACAGAAA